GAAGUACUCGGGAGGGCCGGCGGAGGGGGCGCGAGGAGCCCGGAGCGCGCUGGAGGGGGGCGCGCGCUGGAGGUGGUGGGCGCGCGCUGGAGGUGGUGGGCGCGCGCUGGAGGAUUAGAACUACAAGAUGCAACUUGAACUCUCCAACAUUUAUGUAGAAGAUAAACCAAAGAGCACCAAAACUAAUCUCUAUAAAAAAAAAUGCAGUCAAUGUUGUCCUCAUACAUGGAGCUGUAGAAGAUUGUCGGUCACAAAAAAUUUAUAGAGCACCUUGCUUAAUUCCUAAAACAUGCUAUCAGAUACAAGGUAUGGAAGAUUUCACAAAAGUAACGAUUAUUCCAACUCCAGUUGAUACGAAACCAAGCAGAUGCAAUACUGAGACACCCUUCUCCUUUCUGCUGUGUCUGCACGGGUGGCCAGAGCCACACAGCCCUUUCUAUAAGUCAGGAGUUGCCCUAUCAGAGCACAAGGCAAGAAGGAAGUGAUAAAGGGACAGAGGGGAAGGCCCCGAGAGGACUGAGAGAAUGGGAAACUGUCUGCUGAGAGAAAACAGGGAACCAAGUCAAUUGCCAGAACUGAGGGUGAGAGAACGUUUUCCCUUUGCUGGGAACACGGCAGAAAGCUCUUUUCCCGAUCAGGAAUUUGAUAGAACCAUCUUCAUCCGAGGAGGACAAAGGCACCACCGAGAAAGCUGUGUCCAAGUUACCUGCGAUGAAACAGGCUUGCGGAGAGUAAAGGUUUCCCACAGAAACUGCAACAUGAAAGGAGUCACCUUAACAAAGUUGCAGAAAUCAAUCUUACGAUUCGCCGUCUCUCUUGGGUAUUUUAGAUGCUGGGAUCACCACAGCGCUGAAGGGCGUUUCUGCCUUCCAUGGAAAAAAAUACACACUUUUGAAAAGAGGCAAGAUUCCCAAAACGAAAAUAAAGGAAUGUCAUCUACUCCCAGCCAGCAGGACACUGCUGACCAGACCUACUCAGAGGAGCUAUGCUACACCCUCAUCGAUCAUCAGGUCCUCAGUAGAAGGCCAUCAGGAAACUCUGCUGAGGAGUACUAUGAGAAUGUUCCCUGCAAAGCUGAGAGACCCAGAGAGUCCCUGGGAGGGACUGAGACUGAGUAUUCCCUUCUACACAUGUCUUCUACCCCUAGGCAUGCCCCAUCCCCAGAAGACGAAUAUGAACUUCUCAUGCCUCCCAGAAUCGCCUCUCACUUUCUGCAACAGCCACGUCCACUUAUGGCCCCUUCUGUGACUCAGUUUUCCCAUUUAUAGUGAAGUGGUUAGCUCGCAUUUGUUUAGCACCAGCACAUACAGGUGGGAAGGGGGAUCUGCCUGAAGCAGGGAUGGGAUACAAAGUCCCUCUAGCUUAUCUCUGCAAGCACGGUUUGGGUACCACGAGCCCUCUUAGACAGCACGCAAAAGCCAAAAUCUAAAGAUCAACCAUUUAUCCUGAACACCACCAUCUGAGAAAGAGCUAACCAUCUUUGGUUCUACACAGUUUGGAGAGUAUAGUGGUGGGAGGAACUCCAUGAAUCCCCGAAGCUAUGCACACCCCAAGGGGCUCUACUCUUCUGUAUGGGAUCUUCUUAUAAAGUGUUCCCAUGAUUGUU